AUGUCCCUCCCUACCCUUCCCUCCCCCUCCGCUCCAACAGCUUCCUACACCGCAUCCUGCCAUUGUGGCGCCUUCACCUACACCGUGACUACGUCUCCACCGCUCGACGCCGCAGACGCGGUAAUCAAGCAGUGCAACUGCAGCAUCUGCGCGAAAAACGGGUAUAUGUUCAUUUAUGUGCCGAACGAACGGAUUGUUUUUGAAAAGGGGGGGUUAGAGGAGUUCAAGUGCUAUUCCUUUGCUACGAAAAAAGUUGGUCAUUACUUCUGCGGGGCGUGCGGGUCAUCCUGUAUGUUGCGGUCGAAAGACGAGGAUUUUAUGCCGGGGAUUACGGGCAUCAAUGUGCGUAUGUUGCGGGAUGUGGAUUUGGAGGGGGUGAAGGUGGAUUUGCUGGAUGGGAAGAGUUUCUAA